CUUUUCUACUUUCUUGUACCCCAAAGGACAUGUCAAAUCAAUAAAAAUAUUGUUUUCAAAGAGCGCUAUUUUUUCUACUUUUUUUUUCCUCUCUUUAAAAGAUGUCAUCAAGUGCUGUAGAUAUAGAAUUACUGUCUGAUGAUGAAGCAUUAUUUGAAGAACUUGAAAAAGAAGAGGACUCAGAGAUUGCUUUCAUGCGAGAACAGCGUAUAAAAGAGAUUCAAUCAGAACUCGCAAGACGACAAACCUUGGAAGAAAAUAAGCAUGGCGUAUAUACCGAAAUUUUUAAAGAAAAGGAGUUUAUGGAUAUUACUGUCAAAGAAAAAUAUGUAGUUGGUCAUUUCUUUCAUCAAGACUUUAGAAGAUGUAAAAUUAUGGAUACCCACCUCGAAGCAUUAGCUAAGAAAUACUAUGAUACAAGAUUUAUAAAGAUCGAAGUAUCCAAUGCCCCCUUUUUAGUAGAAAAGCUACUAGUGAAGAUACUUCCUUGUGUUAUUGCAUGGAAAGAAGGUUAUGCACAAACAAAACUCGUUGGCUUUGACGAUCUUGGAAAUACCGACAGCUUUACAACCGCUGCUUUGGAAUUAAAAUUAAAGCAUGCUGGCGUGAUUAAGAGAAAAGAAGAUCCAGUUGUUCAAGUCAAAAAGUCUAUCUUCCAAUCAAACGACACAGACUCGGAGUUGGAAGACGAUUAAUAAAAACCCAUCAUGUUUAAAAAAUACACAGCAUGAACAUUAUUACUUUUAAUUAGUGCUGCUCCCUCUUUUUACUCAUUUCAGCUACAUCGUCGUCCUUCCUUCAUCUUUUACUGCCGUACAUAGAGUCUUGAGCAAAAAGACAUGAUGUAUGAUCACGUAAUUCAUUCGUUUCAGUAACUUAGCACUUUUAAACAAACAUUUACAGCAG